GUCUAAUAUUCACGUAGGUUUGGAUGAAUAGUUUUGUACCAUAUAAAAAUUAUUUUUUUUAUUAAAAUAAGAAUACUACACACUAUUUCAGACUAAUAAAUGUUUGGGCACUUGCAGGAUGUCUUCAGCGACAUCAAUGAACUCGCUAGAAAUCUCCACAAAUCAACAACCAGUGGAUAAUUCAAAAUUAACAAUUAACUCUCAUACCAAAGUAAUUAUAGAAAAUAAUUCUGAUGACAUAACUAUUUCAAAAUGCGAGCAGUCUUCUUUAGUACCAUCUGUAACCUUAGGAAAUAACAUUACAACAGUAAAAACGCAAGUGCUGCCGCUAGUUUACAUUCCAAACAGUUCAAAACUCCCAUUUGCUACAUUAAGCAAAACAAAUAGCAAUAACUUCCUCUCUCAAAUACAGUUCUCGCCGGCAAGUUCCCAGUCAUCUCCAGCUUCUACAGUACCUUUGCAUUCGAGCAAUGUGAUUUUUGCAUCAGGUCGACCCCAGUCGUUACUACUGCCAAAGCCAUUGGCUACGCUUGUACCCUCCGGUGCUAAAAUAACUGGUACUUAUGUAACUAUGUUAAAGCAAGUACCUAAGGCGUCAGAAAAGGUAAAUUCAGACAAGAUAAAUAUUUGCAGUCCAAAUCUGCAGGAGAAUAAUAUGAUAAUUUCCAAAAAUGGGUUUCUUCACUCAAAAAGUCAGCCUCAGAAAAUUGUUUUAACGCCCAUGCCCAAAAUUACUUCAAACCGACUCCCAAUUACUGCAACAACCAAUUCAGUUCAGCCAAAAUUUACUGUUCUACCGAUGUCAGUACCAACAACUGAACCGGAGGGUGCAGUUGCUUCAAAAGUAUACAAUUUUCAAAUUGCUGAUGGAAGAAUACAGUGCGCAGAUCCUAGUAUAAAUCCAGUGACGAUAAUGAAGGAUUCAAAUGAGAAUAGUGUUAAUAUUAAUCAUCAAAUAUGCAAGGAAAGUUCAAAUAAAAAUGAUGUGUCGAAUAAUGUUUAUGAACUUUCUAUUGCUGAAGAUUCUUUAAGUAAUCAAAGUGAUUCUAAACUUGUCGUCUCAUCUUCUGAGAGCAAUUCCUCAUAUGGAGAUCUGUCGGCUAAACCAGAACCUAAACAAAGGGAUUUAUUAAAGUUUUCGCAUGGCGUUUCUAUACUAAAGAAAACUAUUAAUAAUGCGAGUUCUGAAAAGAAACUUGACUCUUUUCCACAAAAUAGUGAUUGCAAUACAGACGUUCUUAAGGUCAGUAAUAUUCCUGAUGAAAAAGUCGCACACAAGCCGGAGAGAGAAAGAAGAAGGAAAUCACAAUUUUCAUUCAGAAAAGAUUUUGAUGAGGAUGAAAUUAAAUUUCCUGAUCCACUGAUCACUCCAAAGGUUGAAGAAUUUGUUGAGGAAGAGAAAAACCCUAAUGAGAUUGAAAUGAAAGUAUUAAGAGAUCCAAAAUCUCUUUUUCAAGUAAACAAAGAUUUUGAUCCCCAUAAGAUUUUGAAAUGGAAUGAUGGUAUUGGUACAUUGCCAGGAAGUAAUUUAAAGUUUAUUAUUAAUGAAUUUAAUAUUAUCGAGUAUGUUUCUGAUGAAGAUUAUAGAAACAUCAUAGAACUGAGAUUGAAAAAAGCUAGAGAAAAAAUGAAAGAAGAACUGGAAGAAGAGAUAAGAUGUCUAGAAUGUGGCUGUUAUGGUUUACGAUCAGAUUUUAUUAAUUCAGACUAUUGCAGUAUUGACUGUCAAGAAUUGGGAAUGGCCGCAAAAAAGCGCGAGAUACAAGAUAUAAAAAUAAAGAAAAAAAAGAGAAAAUUUGGUAAAAUGAAAUCGGAUACCGAUAUAAAAUGCGAAUUGAAACAGGAAAUUCAGGAAGGAAGUGAAGAUGAAAUUUCAAAUAAUGAAGCUUCUCAAGAUAAGUUUUCGUAUCCAUGGGCAUGUAAAAAGAAAGGGUUUUCAUGGUCUAAAUACCUUACUCACGUUCAGGCGAAGGCAGCUCCUGUUAAACUGUUCAAGGAACCAUUUCCUUAUACCAGAAAUGGUUUUAGAACGGGCAUGAAGUUUGAAGGCGUAGAUCCGCAACAUCCCUCAUAUUUUUGUGUUUUGUCUGUUGUUGAAACUGUUGGAUAUAGAAUUAGAGUUCACUUUGAUGGAUACCCUACCAACUAUGAUUUUUGGUGCAACGCGGACUCUAUGGAUAUAUUUCCAAUGGGUUGGUGCGAAAAAUAUGGACAUACGUUGCAACCUCCAUCUGGUUAUUCAGUCGACAAUUUUAAUUGGAUCCAGUAUUUGAAAGUGACUAAGUCUACAGCUGCCCCAAAGCAUUUGUUUGCCAAUCGAGCUGGACAGGCUAUUUGUCCAAAUGGAUUUAGAAUUGGAAUGAAACUGGAAGCUGUCGACAGAAAAAAUACCUCUUUGGUCUGUGUAGCAACUGUUAGAGACAUGAUGGAUAAUCGAAUACUGGUGCACUUUGAUGGUUGGGAUGACAUAUAUGAUUACUGGGCUGAUCCAACUUCACCGUACAUACACCCAGUGGGUUGGUGCGAUCAAUAUGGUCACAAUUUAACACCUCCCAGCGAUUAUCCAACCCCAGAAACUUUUUCUUGGGAAGUCUAUCUAAAAGAAUCGAAAUCAGCAGCCGCUCCAGUAAGGGCCUUUAAGCAGCGCCCUGCUUGUGGGUUUAAAAGAGGCAUGAGAUUGGAAUGUGUGGACAAACGCGUUCCUCAUCUUAUAAGGGUUUCAACCGUUGAUGAUGUUAAGGAGCACCAAAUCAGAAUUCAUUUUGAUGGUUGGCCUGACAGGUACAGCUAUUGGGUUGAUGACGAUAGUCCGGAUAUUCAUCCUAUUGGUUGGUGUCAGAAGACUGGCCAUCCUAUUGAACCUCCUUUAACACCAGAUGAUGUGUACGAUUUUCUUGAAUGCCCUACUGUAGGAUGUAGAGGUCUGGGUCACAUUAAAGGCCUAAAGUACCCAACACAUAAUUCUCGAAAGUAUUGCCCUUAUGCUGAAGAAAAUAUUGAUAUGGAACGCAGGUUACCCGAUCGCCUUUUAAGUCCAGACAGGAAUCCAGAGGCGGUCAUACCAGUGUCAAGGGAGCCGAAAGAAUGCAAAAUAAAGCCCAGAGUUGGAAGACCACCAAAAUACUUAAAACGUGAAAACACUAAACCUGAUCUUGAAGAGGAACCAAAAGAAAAGAAGCAAAAACCAGUUCCCAUUAAAAAAGAAGAGGAUUUAUCAUCGCAACAGAAACUUGCCACCGAGUUUCUAGAACAAUCCAAGUGUUUUCCCGCUGAGAAGGAAUCAUUUAAAAAGCACUCUAGAUUUUUAAACAAAUACCUGGAUUUAUCUGAGAGCGUUUUGGCAUGGUCGCCGGAAGAUGUCGCUCAAUUCGUCGCUUCGAUACCAGGCUGUGAGACUGCAAGUCAUAUAUUUAAAAGUAAAAACGUUGACGGGGAAUCAUUUUUAUACUUAAGUCAAAAGGAUAUACUAUCGUUUUUUAAUAUCAAGGUGGGACCUGCGAUUAAACUGUAUAACAGUAUAGUCCUACUUAGGCAAAAGUUUCUUUAAGACUAAAUUGACUGCUUGAAUAUCAGAAGUUUGCGGUUCUCACACCUUGUGGCCGUUUUUUUUUUAUGAUCGGAUGAUCUUUUUUUACUGUAAAUAGUGCCCAGUACCUUUUUAUUCCUUGUGAUGAUUUUCUAAUGUAUAUAUUAGCAAUCGUAAGGUGUAAUUGUAUUUUAACUUUUUUAAUUAAAAGUAUAUUUUGUAACACGUGAGAA